AUGGCGGAGCUGGAACACAUAGGCGGGAAGCGGGCAGAGUCAGCGCGAAUGCGGCGGGCUGAACAGCUUCGGCGCUGGCGGGGUUCGCAGACUGAACAGGAGCCGGCGGAGCGGCGAGGCGCGGGAAGGCAAUCGCAGACUCGACCCGGGAGCCCCAGAGUCCGCUUCGAGGAUGGUGCUGUCUUCCUGGCCGCCUGUUCUAGCGGGGAUACCGAUGAGGUGAAAAAGCUUCUGGCUAGGGGCGCCGACAUCAACACCGUCAACGUGGACGGCUUGACAGCCCUUCACCAGGCCUGUAUUGAUGAAAAUUUGGACAUGGUGAAGUUUCUCGUGGAGAACAGAGCCAAUGUAAACCAGCAGGACAACGAGGGCUGGACCCCCCUUCAUGCAGCAGCUUCCUGUGGCUAUCUCAACAUAGCAGAAUAUUUCAUUAACCACGGAGCCAGUGUGGGUAUUGUGAACAGUGAAGGUGAAGUUCCUUCUGAUCUUGCAGAAGAGCCAGCCAUGAAGGAUCUUCUUCUGGAGCAAGUGAAGAAGCAAGGAGUUGAUCUAGAGCAAUCAAGAAAAGAAGAAGAGCAACAGAUGUUGCAGGAUGCCCGCCAAUGGCUCAACAGUGGGAAAAUAGAGGAUGUGAGGCAGGCUCGCUCAGGGGCCACAGCCCUCCAUGUGGCUGCUGCCAAAGGCUACUCUGAGGUUCUCAGACUUUUGAUUCAGGCUGGCUAUGAACUCAAUGUUCAGGAUCAUGAUGGCUGGACCCCCCUCCAUGCUGCUGCACACUGGGGAGUGAAGGAGGCUUGCUCCAUCCUGGCAGAAGCACUCUGUGACAUGGAUAUCAGGAACAAACUGGGCCAGACACCAUUUGAUGUAGCUGAUGAGGGGCUCGUGGAACACUUGGAGAUGCUCCAGAAGAAGCAGAAUGUACUUCGAAGUGAAAAAGAGACACGGAAUAAACUCAUUGUGUCAGACCUGAACAGCAAGUUGCAGUGUGGACUCUUUAAGAACAAAGAGAAGAUGCUCUAUGAGGAGGAGACACUCAAGUCUCAAGAAAUGGAGGAAGGAAACAAGGAAUCCAGCAGCUCCAGUUCAGAGGAAGAAGAAGGUGAAGAUGAAGCUUCUGAGUCAGAAACUGAGAAGGAGGCAGAUAAAAAGCCAGAAGCCAUUGUCAACCAUUCCAACUCUGAAAGCAAGAGUAGUGUCACGGAGCAAAUACCGCCACCAGCUCAGAAUACCUUCUCUGCCUCUUCUAGGAGAUUCUCCUCCAGCCUUUUUAGUAAGCCGGAAGAGCCCAAAGAUGAAUCUCCUUCUUCCUGGAGACUGGGACUCAGAAAAACUGGCAGCCACAACAUGCUAAGUGAGGUGGCCAAUUCCAGGGAGGCUCUAAGAGACAGAGGCUCCUCCAUUUACCGCUCGUCAUCAAGCCCUCGAAUUUCUGCUCUGCUGGACAACAAAGAUAAGGAGAGAGAGAACAAAAGCUAUUAUAGUUCACUAGCACCCCGGAGGCUCAACAGCACAAGUGACAUUGAAGAAAAGGAGAACAGAGAAUCAGCUGUUAAUCUAGUGAGGAGCGGUUCCUAUACCCGACAGCUAUGGAGGGAUGACGCAAAGGGAAACGAAACCUCACAGACGAUUGCUCCUUCCACCUAUGUGUCAACAUACUUGAAAAGGACUCCUUACAAAUCCCAGGCUGACUCAACAGCAGAGAAAACAGCAGACAGUGUUUCUUCUAGCACUCCGCUGUGUGUGAUCACUAAUCGCCCUCCACAUAGCACUGCCAAUGGGGUGACAUCUGCCAACGUACUCUCGACCACUGGAACAGACUCCUCUGUGGAAGCCAGGGAGAGAAGAAGGUCAUAUCUGACUCCUGUAAGGGAUGAAGAAGCAGAGUCUUUACGGAAAGCACGCUCUAGACAAGCUCGGCAGACCCGAAGGUCUACUCAAGGUGUAACCCUAACAGACCUCCAAGAGGCAGAAAGAACUUUCAGUCGGUCGAGGGCAGAACGGCAAGCUCAGGAGCAGCCUGGAGAAAAGCCUGUAGACACUGAGGGGCCUGAGGGCAGUGCGGAGAAGCAUGAGCCCCCAGCAGUGCCCGCCAAGGAGGCUGGAGAGUGCCAACAGCCCCCAGCCGGGAGCCUGGAUGAAGAGCCUGUCUAUCGUCGCCUGAGGUGUCCACCUAAGGCAGACAAACCCACAACACCAGUAUCUCCCUCUGCAUCAAGACCCUCACUCUAUACCAGUUCCCAUCUGCUACGGACAAGUAGUAGGUCUUCAGUCCCUGAUUCUGAGAAUUCAGAGACUGCCACAAACACUGCAAAGGAAAUGGACAAAAAUGAGAGCGAAGAAGCAGAUAUAGAUAAUCAGUCCUCCAAUAGGCUGUCCAUCCGAGACAGGAGGCGGCCCAAGGAACGGCGAAGAGGCACAGGCAUCAACUUCUGGACAAAUGAUGAGGAUGAAACUGAUGUUCCUGAAGAGGUGAAAAAGGCACUGCAUGAAAGACUUUCUAGGUUGGAAUCAGGAAGUAGCAACACUACAACCAGUGAUUCUUAUGAUCGUGCAUCAGCAAGAGCCCGGCGGGAAGCCCGGCUGGCCAGCCUGACCAGCCGAGUAGAGGAGGACAGCAACAGGGAUUAUAAAAAACUCUAUGAGAGUGCCCUAACUGAAAACCAAAAACUGAAAACAAAACUUCAGGAAGCCCAGCUAGAGCUAGCAGAUGUCAAAUCCAAGCUUGAGAAGAUGGCCCAGCAGAAACAAGAGAAGACCUCUGACCGCUCAUCAAUGCUGGAGAUGGAGAAACGGGAAAGGAGAGCCUUGGAGCGGAAAAUGUCUGAAAUGGAGGAGGAGAUGAAGGUGUUAACAGAACUGAAAUCUGACAACCAGAGGCUGAAAGACGAAAAUGGUGCCCUCAUCAGAGUCAUCAGCAAACUGUCCAAAUAG